AUGACAAAAAAAUAUAAAAAUGAUAGUCCCAUAGAUAAACACAAAGUGUUUGUCCGUAAUAUACGGGAGAAUGAUGUAAACAAAUUGACAGAACGAUUUGAAAAGGAAUGUAAAAAACAUUUUUUUUUUAAAAAUAAAAAUAAUUCUACAAAAAGUGCUAUUUGUAUUUUUCACAAUGAACAAGAUGCAACAAAUUUCAUAACAAAAUAUAAUAAUUCAAACGAUUUUUCUACAAAGAUUAUGUGUGAAUUUGCUUUAAAGAAAAAGCAUGACGAAAAAGUUUUAACUUCCAUUAUUUAUAAUCGAAAUAAAAUAAAAUACUCAAACUCUAUAAAGAUAUAUACAAAUUGUGAUAUAGAUAAUAUAACUAUUUUAAAUUAUUUGAAAAACAUUUAUUUAUUAAAAAAAAAGGUAUUACUAGAUUGUGAAAAUAAUCAAUCUAAAUCUUUAGACGAUAAAAAUAAUGACAAUAAUAGUGAUGAAGAGAUUGAAAUUGUAGCUAGCUCAGAAAAGGAUAAAAAAUUCGAAGAAAUUGUGAUAAAUAUAGAGAAAAAAAAUAAUAUAAAUAAAAAUAUUAUUUUUAAAAAAAUAAAUAAUACAAACUUUAAACAUAAAAAAAAGGAUGACUCAAAAAACUACUUUGAGCAUGUUGUCGAAUUUGCAAACUAUAAAUUGGCUUCCACAUUUUAUCAGCUUAUCAAUAAAAAUGAAUUUCAAAAUUAUUUGAAAAAUAAAAAUGUUGAUUGUGAAAAUCUUUUUUUUCUUCAUGAGUUAUGUCUUCUAAAUACAGGACAUAAAAUGAUUAUUAUAAAAAACUUGAAUAUAAAAUGCCACACAGAAAAUAUUCAAAAGCUUUUUAAGGAUAUCGAAAAAGAUCUAAAAAUAAAUAUUCCUAAAAAAAAUGAUAAAAAACAAAGAUUUGCUUUUGUUACUUUUUCUAAUCGUAAAAAUGCAAAAAAGGCAUUACUUCUAACAAAUACUAUUUUAUGUGGCAACAAAAUAAUCAUUGAAAAAUACAACAAGGAAAUUAACCCAUUUAACGAUAAAACUUCCAAAGACAAUGAAGCUCUAUCGAACGACUCUUUUGAUAAUUACAAUAAUUAUCAUGAUGGAAGUCAAGAAAGUGAUGAAGAGGAUGUUGAUACCAACUCAGAUGAAACAAGUAGCAGUAUAGAUGACAAUAAUAGUGAUGAACAUGUUUCAUCUUUGUCUAAAAAAAGAAAAUUAAAUGAUUCGGAUCAAAAGGACGACAAAGACAAUAAUAAAAAGAAACAAAAAAUGAAAGAUAACGAGAAACGAGACUAUAAAAAAGAUGUUGAAGAAGGGAAAACCAUUUUUAUCACUAAUAUUCCAAUAGAAACAACAAAUGAAGAAGUUAAAGAAUAUAUAGAAAAAAAUAUUAGCAAAGAUUAUAUAUAUAUAAAGACUUGUAGAAAUGAUUAUAAAAAAAUAUCUGUUUUUGUAAAACUGAAAAGAAAAAUAGAUGCUGAUAAUUUUUUAAAAAAAAUUGGAGAAUAUAAUGAAGAAGAUGAACAAAUGAGUGAGAAUGAAAAUGUAAUUGACAAAUUUUAUAAUAAUGCAAAUAAAAAAAAAAAAGAAAAAUUCAAAAAAUUUUUAAUAAAUGAAGAUUCAAAUCUUAAACACACUGAUAUUUUAUCUUUUAAAAAUAAUUAUCUUAUGAUUAAAAGGGCAGUACCAAAUGAUAUAAUAAAAGAUAAGAAAAAUCUUCCAACAGAAAAAAAAAAAAAAAAAAAAAAAUUAAGUAAUAACAUCCAUUUAAUAAAUGGAAAUUAUGUUAACAAUGAGAAUAUUCCUUCUAAUAUACUUUUAAGAAAUAAAAAAUUAUUGGAUAAAAAAACAAAACUUUUAAAAAAUAAUAAUUUUGUAAUAAAUCCAUGUAGAUUGUAUAUUCGAAAUUAUCCUCUUGCAGUUGAACAUAAUACUUUUCGUCGUCUUAUAGCAAAGCAUUUUACUCCUAUAUUUAUAAAAAAAUUUGAUUUAAAAAAAAAAGAAGCUUUUAAAAAAGCCAAUGAAGUAAUUACAAAAAUGAAGCUUAUGAAAGACAACACUAGUAAUAAGGAAAUCGUACAAGAUGGCAAUGUCGGCCCAACAAUACGUAACAAUGCCAGUAAUAAUGUUAAUACUAUAAAUGCAGGAACUAACAAAAAUGCCAUAUGCUUUCUUGAUAUUAGCAAACAUGAAUAUACCAAACAAAUUAUUUCCCUUUUGCAAAAUAAAAAUAUGUUCGACCUAAUAAAUGAAAAAAUUUACAAAAAAGAUAUUCAAACAGUUAAAAAAAAUAUAAAAAGUAAAAAUACAUUAUAUGUUGAUUAUUGUAUUGAAGAUCUAAGAAUGCUACAUAUAAAAAAAAUGAAGGAAGAGAAAUUUCUAAAUCAUAUAAAAGAAAAAAAUAAAAAUGAUUUAUCUACUAAAAAAAAAAUCGGAAAAAAGCCAAAAAAAAUGGGUAGAGGGCAAAGGCAACGUGCAAAACGAAGAUUAUUAAAAGCUUUAAAUGAAAAUAACAAUAUUACAAACCCAAUCAAUCCAACCACUGAUGAUCAGAAAAAUAAUCUUCCAAAAAAAGAAAAACAUAAAAAACGCGUUACAUUCCUUGACCCUCCAAAUGAUGAAGAAAUAAAUAAUAGUGAUAUACAAAAAAAUAAAAAAAAUAAAAAAAACAAAAGCAAAAAAUUGAAUGUACAAAACUCUGGGGAAACUAAAAAAAAAAAUAAAACUAUUAAAAGUAUUAUGAAAAAGGACACUGAAAAAUCGAACAAGAAUAUUGAAUCAAUACAAAAGGAUGUUUUAAAUUUCCUCAAAAACAGUCAAUAA